UUUAACACACCAGCAAAAUGCUGAGGGUCUGGAUGUUGCUUGUUCUGUCCCUGCCCCAGUUUAGAAUGUUUGAGAGAAAUUUAUCUUCAAAAUGCCUGGAAGAUACCAACGAGUUUCUAGAGGACCUCCAGUCUGAAACGCCCCAAAUGUAUGCCUUAUUAAUGUAUGAUUCUAUUGGAAAAGAUGGCAGCAAUAUUCUACAUGGAAACAUUGAUCAACUGGGGUCCUACAGUGAAUGUACCUCAGCUCAAAGUCCUUCUGGAAAGUUUAGUGGACAAUAUUGUAAAUUGACAAUUCAACAGGGCAAGAUUGACUAUAAUGUUGCUAUUUGUGUGCCCAGUUCUUGUAAGAACGAAGACAUAAUGAUGCUUGAAUGGCUUGGUUUGUUCAAGUACAAGAACACGUCUUUCAUAUCUCCUUCUCCAAUAUUAUUAUUCCUUGCAAAUAACAACAUAUACAGAGUGAAAAGUGUGUAUUGCCAAAAUAAUGUUCCUAACAUUGAUGUCUUUGUUGGCAUUUGUAUGUUUGUUGUUGUUCUUUUCAUUAUCAUGACGAUAUCUGGGACAAUGUUUAUUACAAUGAAAGAGUGGAAGACCAAAUCAGCUGGUAACAAGCUGAAGGAUAGUUUAAGUUCAGCUCACAAGCACUAUGGGACAGUUUCAUUUCAUAAAAUAAAUGGUCAGCAAUUGCAAGUAAGUACCCCAAAAUCCAAGCUUGAAUCACCAGGACAAAAUCCAAUGGAAACAACAGAAAACAGCAAUGGAGUAGAUAAACGGAUCUGGGAAUGCUCCUGUGCAGCUGAAUGUGCCACCACCACCACCACUGCUGAUAUCAUCAACUGGAUACUAUCAAGCUUUGCCAUACAAAACAGUGUCCCUGCCCUGUUAUCCACUAAGAACACCAUGAGAUCAUAUUCAGUAAUAAACGGGAUCCGAGUUUUGAGUUUACUGUGGAUAAUUUCAGGGCACGUCUGCCAUUUCACUCUGUUUAAUAAUCUAGACAAUCCUGUACAGUGGUUGGUGUCUGUCCCAAACAAUGCCCUUUAUAUUUUUUCUCUGGGCGGUCCAUUCUAUUUGACAGUGGAUAGUUUGUUCCUGAUUAGUGGUUUGCUGAGUGCAAGAACACUAUUAAAUAUGCAUCAUCAACCUGAGCAAGGUCUGACCUUCAAAAUUCUAAAGGACUAUGUUAUUAGGAGAUUACAGAGAAUUCUGCCACUAUAUAUAUACAUGAUGUGCUUAUAUGUUGGAAUGUAUUCACUUAUUCCCUGGAAGUCUUUUGGAGAAAAUGCAAAAUCCCAGUUGGAUAACUGCAAGAGAUCUUGGUGGACAAACAUGUUGUUUCUUAACAACUUUGUUAUGAUUGAGCAACGUUGCAUGGGUUGGACAUGGUACCUUGCAAAUGACUUCCAGUUUUACAUCACAACACCAGUUUUCAUCUUUCUUCUUUACAAGAAUAGGUUGUUAAUGAUUGCCCUUGCAGGAUUUCUGUUGUUGACUUGUUUCAUUGUCACUGCUUUGAUAUCCUGGUUCUUCAAACUGCCAAUAGGACUUCACUUUGAUUCCAGACUGCUUACAUAUGGGGUUUACAACAUACAAUACUACGUAAAGCCUUAUUGCCGCUAUGGUCCAUUUUUAAUUGGAAUUAUGUUGGGCAUUUUAUUGCAUCACAGAGAAACAUCUUUGCUGAAAACCAAGGCUUCUGUUGUUGGUGGUUGGCUGUGCUGUCUGGGCACUAUGAUUGCUGUGAUAGCAUUAGGCUAUGCUCUAGAUGAUUCAACUGAAACCUACUCUGUUCUUCCUGUGCUGUAUCAGGCACUACACAGAUCUGCAUGGGCUGCUGCGGUUGGAUGGAUCAUACUUGCAUGUGAAGAAGGAUAUGGAGGUUUUAUUCAAAGUUUGUUAUCCAGCAAGCUAUGGAUCCCACUCGCCAAUCUCAGUUAUGCCUGUUUUCUCAUACAUCCUGCUGUCAUAAGUAUUUAUAAUGGGCUUCAGGAGACACUCCUGCAUUAUACAGACAUCAACAUGCUUUACCUCUUCAUAGGUCACACAAUUCUGGCACACAUUCUAGGACUGCUGCUGUGCAUACUCAUUGAAAAUCCUCUUCAACUGUUAAGAAAAUACUUCUGAUUAUGCAAUUCUAGAGAGCUCCAAUCACACCUUCAAUAUAUUCUCACCUGAAGAUCCAACAUUUUGAUUUUGUCUUCAAGAUUAUAA